AUGUGGCUGUGUACUCUCCUUCCUGUUCUGUUUUGCUGUCUCUCUGGGUCUGCCUUUUCUGCACCAAGAGCCUGGCUGUUGCCGAGUCAGAGGCCUCGCUUUGAUCGUCCUGGAGAUGUAAUAGUGGGGGGCAGCUUCUCCAUCUUUGACCUCUCUAUUGGUAACCUGUCUGACUUCACUGCCCUACCAUCUGGACUUGUGGCUUCAGGCGUUUCCAACUGGGGCUACCGGGUGGCCCAGAGUUUCGUCUUUGCCAUUGAGGAGAUUAAUAGGAGUGCUUACUUGUUGCCCAAUGUGACCCUGGGCUUCUCUAUUCGAAACUCUUGGGACUCAGUGCAUGGAGCCCUCCAUGAGACAAUGAGCUUUCUCACGGGGCAGGAGGAGCCCAUCCCCAACUACACAUGCCAGCAUGGCUCUCCUCAGGCUGCCUUGGUUGGGGACACGAGGUCAUCCCUGUCUGUCUCCAUGGCCAGACUUCUGGGACUUUACAAGUUUCCUCAGGUCAGUUACUCAUCCUCACUACCCAGCCUCAGUGACAAGAUCCAGUUCCCAUCUUUCCUGCGGACGCUGACUAGUGACCUCAUAUCCUCCCUUGCAGUGACCCUGCUGAUAAUUCACUUUCAGUGGUCCUGGGUGAUCAUUCUGGCCCAUGAUGAUGACUUUGGGCAGCAGGCCAGCUCUCUGGCCACUCAGAAGCUGAGUACAGCUGGUGUGUGCAUUGAUUUCACUUUCCAUGUUCCUUCCCAUGAGUCCAUGGGGAAGAUUGAAGAGAUUGUCCAGAAGAUGCAAAAAUCCACAGCCAGGGUUGUUCUGGUUUUCCUAAGCAAUUCUAAUUUCCAGCUCAUCCUGUAUGGCUUACUGGAUGUCCCUGUUUCAGGCCAGGUCUGGGUCAGCAAGGGCGCUCUGCACAUGGCGCUGGCACUAAACAUUCCAGGAGUAUCCCAGGUUUUGCACAGCACAUUUGGCCUUCUGUAUCACAGCAGCAGGGCAAUUGGGUUCCCUGAGUUCCUUGCUCACCUGCGCCCCAGCCAGACCCCAGAAGACAUGUUUAUAAAGAAGUUCUGGGAGUUCACCUUUGAUUGUACAUGGCCCCACCAGAGCAGCACAGUGACAGAGGGUGUCCAGCUGUGCUCAGGGAAUGAGAGUCUGAAAAACAAGCAGUACCCUCUCCCAGAAGUGAGUAAAAUUGAUGCUGCUUACACAGCUGUCUACAGCAUUGCUCAUGCCCUGCAAGACAUGAUAACCCAUGGGCACCAGCAUGGGAAAGUUACAGACUCUCAGGACUUCCAGCCCUGGCAGCUGCUUCAAGCCCUCAGGAAGGUGCACUUCAAGACUCCUGAUGGAAGUGAAAUUAUAUUUGAUGCUAAUGGAGAUUUGGUGACAAAAUUUGACAUUCUCCAAGGACAGAAGACCCCUGAGGGUGUAUUUCACUUGGUCCAUAUAGGCAUGAUAGACCCUCAAGUCUCUUUGGGGAGCAAAAUGAAGUUCCAUUUGAUGGAGGAUCUUCACGUGAGUUGCCUGAAUGCAGAGAUGACUCUUGUUCCCACCUCUGUCUGCAGUGAAAGCUGCCUUCCAGGGUUCAGCCAAGUGCCCAGGCUGGGAGCCCCCCACUGCUGCUUUGAUUGCAGUCCCUGCCCAGAGGGACAGUUUGCAGACCAAAGAGACAUGAAGAGCUGUCUUCUGUGCCCCAGGGAGCAGUACUCGAGCCACACGAGAGACCAUUGCCUGCCCAGGACAGAGAUCUUCCUGGCCUUUGAGGAACCUCUGGGAUUCAUGCUGGCUUUGGUGUCACUCUUCCUGGCUGGUCUGGCUGUCCUGGUUCUGGGAGUGUUCCUGAAGCACAGAGACAGCCCUGUGGUCAGGGCAAACAACAGAAGUCUCAGCUACUUACUCCUGCUCUCUCUUUGCCUCUGUGCCCUGUGUGCCUUGCUGUUCCUUGGGCGACCCAGUGUCUCGACGUGCCUCCUCCGUCAGACCACCUUUGCUGUGGUGUUCACGGUAGCUGUGUCCUCUGUUCUGGCCAAGACUCUCACAGUGGUCCUGGCUUUCAGGGUAACCAGGCCAGGGGACAGGAUCCGGGUAUGCCUGAGCCCUGGGGCUUCCACCUCAGUGGUCCUUAUUGCUUCCUUCAUGCAGGUUGUUCUUUGUGGGGUCUGGCUGGCCACCUCCCCACCAUUCCCAGACAGGGAUAUGGUCUCGGAGCCCCAGCACAUUGUCAUCCAGUGCCAGGAGGGUUCUGGCACCAUCUUCUUCUGUGUGCUGGGCUACUUGGGUUUCCUGGCAGUGGGUACCUUCUCUGUGGCCUUUCUGGCCAGGGGCCUGCCAGAUGUCUUCAAUGAGACUAAGUUCCUGACCUUCAGCAUGCUGCUCUUCUGCAGUGUCUGGACAGCCUUCCUGCCCCUGUAUCACAGUGCCAGGGGCAAGUCCACUGUGGCUGUAGAGAUCUUCUCCAUCCUGGCCUCCACUGCUGGCCUUCUGGGUGGCAUCUUCAUUCCCAAGUGCUACAUCAUCUUGCUGAAACCAGGGAGGAACACUGCUGCCUGGCUAAGGCAAGGCCACCGGGCACAGCAGGAGAGGCAGAGUGGGAUGCUCCAGAGAAGGUGUGUCCCCAGAUCUACCCCACAAACCUUUAUGACCUAGUCCUUGGUGAAGUCCCAAAGACCAGUCAUGUGAUCUUGGCUCAUUGUUUUUCUGUGUGUCAAAGGUGUUUAAAAGACAGAUGAAGAUAAAUGUGGUACAUUCAAAACAAAACACUCUUGACUAUUGGUUGCAUAGUGAACACACAGAUGGUUAUUCACCAUUCUAUCUCCAUAUGUCCUGCUAACGUUUAUCUCUAUUAAGAACGUUU